CAGUCAGACAAUGUCAAUUUUUUCAACUUUGUAGUCAAAGUCAAGAUUUUGUUAAAUAGAAAAAAAAAGAGGAAAUUUUUUUUUUGGAAAAUUUUAAAUCUUUUAUACAAGAAAAAAAAAUUGAUGGCAUUUUAAUGCCUAUAAAUUACUUGGUGAAAGCAUACUAAAAAUUAAAAAGUUUUUUUUUUUCUUAUUAUUUAUAAAUGAAAAAUAAAAUUUUAAAAUAAUUUUAUUUAAGCAUUAAAAAAAAAAAAAGAAAAAAUUAUCCAAAAAGAAUACGAAAAUAUAAAAAGCAACAACAAAAGAAAAAAAAAAUUAAAAUAAAAAGAUUCCAAUGUAUUGCAGUGGAUCAAGAGAAUUUGCGUCCAUUUUACGAAUGUAUUAAACGAAGAAGAAGAAAAUUUUUCUCUGGAUAACAUAAAAAAUAAAAAUAAAAAAAAAAUAAAUGUGCACCAAUUCGUGUUCUCUGAUAUUUUCUUUUUUUUUAUAAUAUUACAAAUUUUUAAAAUUUAAAAAUUAAAUACAAGUUUUUUUUUAAAAAAUAUUGUGAAAAAUAUAUUUGAAAAAGAAAAAAAAUUCUCCAUUUCAUACACACACAAACACGAGUUUUCAAUAUAAAACAAAAAUAAUAUACAAGAGAGAAAAAAGUAUUUUUUUUUUUUUUUUGUAAUAUAUGAAAAAAUAAAUACAUAAAAGUAAUAAAGUGAAAUAUUUGAAUUAAAUAAAAAAUAUUAUUUAUAAAUUUUAAUAUAGAAAAUUGAUUUUUAAUAUUCUUUUAAUAAACAAGUAAGGAAAAAAAAAGAAAGGAAAAAAAUACAAUCAUAAUAAAAUGGCAUUGCCUGUGUAAAGUUAUUUAACCUGAUAAAAUAUCCUAAUAAAUAUAUAUAUAUACAUAUAUAUGUAAUAUUGUAUAUAUAAAAUAUAUAUAUACUACCUAAUAAAUAUAAUAUAGACUUAAAGACUCUAUAUAUAUAAAAAAAAUUUCAAGUUAUUGUUUUUAUUUUUUUUUUGUAUUCUCCGAUUUCGGUUCUUAAAUUUUUUUUUUGACAUGAGAAUUUUUACAUUUAGCCAUAUAAGGGUUAAAAGUAUUAAAAGAUUGUCACAAUUACAAAAGUAACAAACAAGUUUUAAAAUAUCGGUGGAACUUCAAUUAAAAUUUAAAACUAUUUUUAAAAAAAAAAAAAGAAAUAAUUUUAUAUAAGGUAUAAUUCCUUACCUUUAUUUAUUCAUCACAUAUUAUAAAUUGCAAAACAUAUAAGUAAAACGAAAAAAAAAAAUUAAAUAAUCUAUGCCUAUUUACAUAUAUACCUAGGUACUACUUUCAUAUAUAUACACAAGUACAUACCUACCUAACAAUAUUAAAUGAAAAUUUUUCAAUAAAAUUUUUAUUAGCAUAAUUUUUAAGUUCCCACAAUUUAAAAUAUAAAUAAUAAUUGAAUAUAUAUUAAAAAAAAAAAAAAAUUUUAUAAAUUAGAAAAUUUAAAAUAAUAAAAAAAAAAAAUAGGAAAAAAUGACACAACACAAAGAACAACAGCAACAACAGAAACAACAUAGAGAAGCAAAUAUGUACCACCGAAUAUUUUCGAAAAGAAUAUUAACAUAUGCAUUACUAUUUGGAUUAAUAAUGGUAACCAAUGCUACAACUGAUGAGAUUGCUAAUUCAGAAAGUAAGCCACCAAAACCAUUUUCAACUGAAUCAAGUAGCAGUGUCAGUCCAAUUACUAAUCAUAGUAUCAGCAGUAGUGGAAGCAGUAAUUCAUUAAAAGAUGAAAUUUAUAUAGAUGAUGAAGGUAUAGAAGGUUCUGGUGGACGUGGAGAGAUACACGAUGAUUUAGAAAAAGAACCUGAUUAUUCUGGAUCUGGUUUUGGACCAGAUGAUGAAGAUUCUGGUACCAGUCGUAUAAGUCAUAAUAAAAACACUCAUAAUAAAUCACCAUCAAAUAAUAAUAAUAAUAAUCGACAAGAUACAAGAAAGGAUAAAAAUCGACACGAUCAAGAUAUAGGAGGUGGUGGUGCUGGAGGAAAUCUUGCUGGUUCAGGUGAUGGUGAUAUCGAUGGUGAUGAUAAUGAAGAUGAUGAUGAUGAUGAUGAUAGUGAUAAUGAAGAUGAUGAUGAUGUAGAUAAUGAUCUAGAAAUCGUUCAUCCUCCAACAACAACAGUUGGUAGAAACGAUUUCGAUGAUCAUUCAAUUGAAUCACAUCCAGAGAAAGAAGAUGAUGAAAUUUACAUAGACCCUGAUAAAUCUGGCGAAUCAAAUAAAGAUUCAAAAUCUGACUCUAAUUUAGAUAUCGAUCAUAAUAAACCAACAGAUCAACAAACAAACGGUGGUGGUAACGACGUAUUGAUAAUGAAUGCUAAAAACGAAGACAGAACGACGAGCUUCUUUGCUCAACCAGGAAUUUUGGCAGCUGUUAUUGGUGGAGCUGUUGUUGGUCUUUUAUGUGCUAUUUUAGUUGUUAUGUUUAUUGUAUACCGAAUGCGAAAGAAGGAUGAAGGAAGUUAUGCUUUAGAUGAACCAAAAAGAUCACCAGCUGUUAAUUCAUAUGCAAAAAAUGGAAAUAAUAGAGAGUUUUAUGCCUGAACUUAAAUAAAUUUAUUACAUAUAUAUAUAUAUGUAUAUAUAUAUAUGAAUGCAUUUUAUAUAUAUAUAAUAAUAAUAUAAAUAUAAAUACAUAUAUAUAUGUAUAUAUAUAUAAGUACAUAAUAUAAAAGUAGAAUACAUAUACAUAUAUAUAUAUAUAUAUAUAUAUAUAUAUAUAUAUAUAUAUCUGACUAAUUAAAAUUAAAUUUAAGGAAAUGUAUCGGUAUUUUCUAUUAAACAAAUCACAAAACAAAAAAAAAGAAAAAAAUUAAAUUUAUUGAUAAUAUUGACUAUAAAUAAAAAAAUAAAAAAAAAUAUAAUAAAGAAAAUACAAAGAAAACCUUUACACAUACACACAAUAUAAACACACAGAACACAUAAAAAAAAAUUAAAAAUAUAUAUAAAAAAAAAAAACAAAACAAAUAAAUUUAAUUAAAAAAAUUCCUUAGGGGUACAAAAUCAGAUGAAAAAUUAAAAAAGAAAAAUAAACAAAAAAAAAAAAAUUGUAUUGUAGAGUGUUAAGAUUUUCGAAAUUCUGUAAAAUCAAAAAAAGAACAAAAAAAAAACCGCUAUUAGAAAAUAGAAUAUAAAUUAUUACAAAAAAAAAAAAGAAUCUACUCAAAAUUUGAAAAUCGUUUUUAUUUCGUAAUAUGGGAAAAAUUAUAAAAUUUAAUAAAAAUUGUCUACGAUCAAAUUUUAGUCAAACACAAUUGAUUUCAGUUAGAAUUCUUAAAUAUUUUUUGAUUCCCUAACAUAAUUUUGUUUAGAAUUCAAUUCAAAUUUUUCGUAUUUUUAUUCUCAAAAAAUAUUUAAAUAAAAAAUUUAUUUAAAAUAAUUGUUUUUUUUUUCUGUUUUAAUUUUAACCACAUGUUUAUUUUAAGCCGAAUUUACACAAUGAAACUAAGUGUGAUUAAAUUGUCAAAUUAAUAUGGCAUUAUGCUAAAAUAAAUAAUAUUACAUUUUAAAAAUAUAUUGUAUUUUAAAUUUUAUUUUCAUUAUUAUGAGUAAUUAUUAUCAUAAAUAUAGCAUUAUUAUGAGUAAUUUUAAUAAAUUUCACAAGAAUUUUUUAAUAACUAAUUAAAAUUUAAAAGUUGUAUAUAUAUAUUUGUUUUUAAAUAACUAAAUUCAUUUGCAAAAUGUAUGAAUUAAACAAUAUAAAUUUGGAAUUACGAAAUUUUUAAUUAAUUUGCAAAAAAAAUAUUGUUAUUAAUUACUCAUUAUGUAAAACAAAAAGCACUGAUUUGAUGUUAUUAUAAUAUGUAUAAUAAUUAAUUUUUCUUAAUUAUAUACAUAUAAUGUAAAUUGAAUUAAAUGUGUAAAACGGGCUUAAUAAUAUUUUUAUUAUCGUUUAAAAUUUUGCAAAUAUUUUUAUAUAUUUUUCAUUUGUAUAUUUGAAAAUUAAUUGUACAUAUAUAUAUUUAUUUAAAUUUUUCUUUCGAGUUUGUGAGAGUAUUUUAAAAAUUUUAAAUAAUUAUGUUGUUAUUUGAAACAACUUAUUAAUAUCGUUUUUAAUUACAAGAAUUUUUAUUUAAUUUUAUUAAUAAAACUAAUUAUAUUGAAAUCAUAAAUUUAAUAAAUUGUUAAUUAUGAAAAUAUUUAAAUGAAUUGUAAUAAUUAAAAGCUUAUUAUGAUUAAUUUUAAUAAUCUAUUUAAUUUUAAAAUAUUUUACUUAUUACUCUCACCAACUGAUUUCCUAUAAAAUAAAUGAAAAUACAAUUUAAAUAAUGUCCUAAGCAAAAAUACAUAGGUCUAACAUAACGAUAACUUGUAGAAACUCGCAUUUAAUGAGUGGGUUAAGAACAAUGAACCGAAAAGUUUUAGCAGAAAAUUUUUAAUAUAGCAAAUAUUUUACCAAUGAAAUAGUCACCAAUAGAUCUACGUGACUUUAGUUUAACAUGAUUUUAAAUUCGAUUUUCUUAAGACAUUUUUUCACUUCAUAAUCAAAAGUUGGUGAUCAUAUAUUUUAAAAUUAGAUCAUUUAAUUUAUUUUCAUUUAUCACAAGUAAAGAAUGUUUCGAGUAUUAGUUUCGAAUGUUGUUUAAUCAAAAUUUGAUGAUAUACAUAAGAGCAGGCUUAUGAUGUGGAGUAGAAAAAUUAUAGACUCGUUUCGAAAAUCUAUGAAUUUUUUUAGAAGGGAUUUAGUCCUUUGUCUUAAAUAGGCAGCUAUGUUAACUUUGUUAUAAAUGUUAACGUUCGGUUUAGAUAAAAUUUUAUGUAUAAUUCUUCAUUUUCAUCAAGUCAUAAAUUUUAAAUUGCAUUGUAGUUUUUUUUUUUUUUU